AUAUUCUCACCGGUAAACAUCUAGGGUAUAACACCGGAGCAGCUGGAUUGCCGUACUCACGUUACUACAGAACUUUUCAGCAGCCAUGUUCGCAGCAGUGCUAGUCAUGGCAGCCAUGUUGGCCUCGGUGUCCGCCCAACCACAGCCUUGCUGCACACCCAACCAGUGGGAGGCCACUAUGGUGGAGGCCCAGGGCUAUGUGCUGAACAUGGAGCCCAAGACGCUCGUUGGGACAGUGGAGGUGUCGUACGACUUUGACAACAAGAAAAUGGCGUUCAACCAGAUGCUCAACAACUCGGGAACCCCAAUUCUGAGCAAAGUCAUUAUCGACUACAAGGAGGGGAAAAUGUACACCAUUUCUGGCGGUGUGUGUACUGAACAGGACGCGCCCACUGUCGACAUGCCGCAGCAGUGCAUCACGGCUGGAGCCGUGUAUGAGAGAACCAUUCGGCUAGGCGGGCCCGACGGCCUGGAGGUGAACUCCUUUGGCCUGUGGAACGUCCAGGGGGUGGCGUACGGAACAGCCCAGAUGACGUCAUCAGACUGCCUCCCUGUCACUGAGGUUCUCAUAGCAGAACAGACAGGACAAGUACUUGGGUCGGUGCAGGCCAUUAUAUUUGAUGGGGUGACCACGGGCAUCAAGGACCCGAGUGUAUUCGACCCUCCCAGCCCACCCUGCAACACCAUUCCAGAUGUACAUAGGCAACGUCGAAGUGUAGGGACACCAUUCUUCCAGAGAGCCAUUGGACGCUUCAAUAUUCCGGGCUUCUGAACGACGACGACAGUGAAAUGAAUAAGCAACAUGUACAUGUCAUGAUAUCUCCAACCAAAAGUAGCCGCGGACCAUGUCAUUGAAUAACUGCUAUACAUGUAGUUGUAAACAGAGCUCGAAUGUUGA